AGUGGAAGGAUUAGAAGAAUUUUACAUUUAGGCAGACAUUUUUGACUUUUCGAGAAAUUAUCUCGCGUGAACGAUCGGGCUAGAAAUGUGAUAACAGAACAUGGGAUUUAGAGAAGAAUUUCAGCGCAGCUGGGCGAGGUUUGGAGGUUUUUUGGUUGUUUUGAUAUUAGCUGGGACUGCCAAUGUCAAUGGUCAAGAUUGCUCGUCCGAUACAUUUAACUUCGAUCUCACGACAAUAGUGAUCUACAAUAUCUCCGCCAAGCAUGUGAACAUGCCCAUAGCUAGGUACGCAGUCGAGCAUGUCUCUGGGGUCACCGUGUCAGAAUUGCAGGGCUAUGGGCUCUACAUUACCGCUGAACUCAACGCAGAAGAUCCCAACGAGCUGAUCAUUAGUACCAACGAAGCAUUCAAGGACUUCCUACAGAUCGAGACAAUUCCACAGCUCGAAAGCCAGUUGUAUUUCACGUGCACAUCUGGAUCGCGGUCAAUUCGCAUACGGGUAACGAUCAAGGAUGAAAACCUUUUUCCACCAACCUUCAGUAAGGCAGAGUACACCAUCCAAUUACCAUUGCCGCUGCCCAAAAAUUUCGAUCUUACGCAGUACGUCGAUGAGGGAAAGGGCAUCAUCGCCUACGACAACGAUUUGAUCGGAAAUGAAGUCAGCUUCAAGAUCGAUGACAAUCCUUACUUUCUAGUUGAGCAAGAACCGGGAGCUUCGAAGAAGCAGUUCAUAGCUAGAAUACGAACUAAGGAAACCUUAACGCGACUAGAAGAAAAUCUCUCAGUGACGAUCAUCGGAACGGACGCUGGAGAUCCUCCAAAGACGGGUAGUGCCGUGCUCAAAAUUUCCGGCGAUCCCUUGAUACCGUACAUUGAGCCGCCACAGUUUGUAGAUCCACUGUACCGCAUAAUCUACAACCGAUUGGAAACAUUCUCCCCCAUUGAAGUCAACUUAGUAGCUGGAACUUACGACAGCUCCUCCAGAUUUAUACUCAGCGGUGAGAAUAGCGAUAUGUUUACUAUCACGGAGAAGGGGGAUCGCAGUGGAGCUUCCGUCACGCUGAGGACAGGUGUCACAAUUCCGGAAACGAUGAACUUCCUGAGCGUUGUAGUCACGGCCAGUAGGACAGGGUCCGAGUUGGAUGGCCGAACGGCGAUUGUGGUCGAUGUGGAACAAGAAGUGAAAGUUCAACCUGCCUUUGAACAGUCAAUCUACGCUGGGACUGUUGAUCAGGACCGAGUGAUCUCACUAGAGACAGACGUGAAGCUGAUAGGUUCUACGGUUCUCGAAGGAGCUGACGUAAGCCUGGGUGGAGAAGAUGCAGAAUUUUUCACGUUUCUUGACAAUGGUGGAACAAUUACAUUUAAUGCUACUGAUAACUUGACGGCGGAAGUUCUGCAGAAGAAGUUCUACUUCCAUUUCACAGUGCAAGCAACUAAAGCAGACGUUGGAAGUGCCAUUGCGUUUGUAGUUCUGGAAGUUCUGAAACAGGAUGUGAUCCUUCCAAAAUUUGAGCAACCGUUCUACGAAGGAAGCCUAACUGAGGAAGGAAUUGCAGAGAUCCCUGAAGUAAAGAUCACUGAAAAUACCUACGUCGAUAAUAUAAAGUUCAACAGUAUGGGAGACACUGACCUCUUCUCAAUCAACAUUGCUGGUAACAAGAUUACGCUGGUCCCUAAAGGAAUUACCGAGGAAAAUCUUAGUGGGAAACUAUAUCUGCUUGUCCGAAUCAGUGCAUCUCAAGAACAAGAGGUCCAGGCAGAAACGAUCGUCAUAAUCAAGAUCAUUAGGCAAGAGAUCAUCACCCCGCAAUUCGAAAACAAUUUCCUCCAAAGUCAGCUAGUCGAGGAAAAUCUUCAGUUCACACCUGUAAAGGUAGUCGUAAAUCUUACCACAUGGACAACCGCCACGGAAGUGUUCCUAAAAGAUUCCAGAAACAUUUUUGACCUGACUCCAACUACGAUUCAAAACGAAUACAGCAUAAAUCUUCGGAGUGGAGUAGAAAUUCCCCGCGAUUCACAUCUCACGGUACUGGUCGAGGCCAACAACCCAAAGUCCAGUGCAGCUGCCUGUUUUGUGUUGAUCGAAGUCAUUCGUGUCCCGUUGGUUUCUCCAGAGUUCGAACAAACCGUUUACGAAGGCACCAUAGACAGCUCCGGAAGUCUACAGGAACUGAAACUCAAGCUUAAGCCAGAAACCUACGACGACUCGAUCGCCUUCAGUCUAGUAGAUCAAGACUCGGACCUCUUCCAACUGCAAAAGCUGGAAACCAACGAACUGCUCAUCACUUUCAACGAAUCGACGACCAUGGAUGAUUUGGCCAAUCGCAGCAAUCUACGUUUCAACGUUCGAGCUGUUAAAUCCGGAUCACCGGAAGUCUUGGUACCCGUUGUGAUUUUCAUCGAGAAGGCGGAAGUGCGCGUUCCACGCUUUGUGAAGCCGUUGUAUAGAUCAUUUAUCGGUCCUGAACUAGUUCUGGAACGAUUUGAAACGAUCCAGCUGGUAGAGGAAACUGCUGCACAAGGACUAGAACUGGAAAUCCUUCAGAACAACACAGAUCUGUUCAUGGUGCAGAUGGUGCAAGGAAAUAGAAUCACGAUCGAGCUGAAUAAGAACUUGACUUCCGAUGACUUGGAAGGUCUGGAUCGGUUGGAGUUCGUGAUAGAGGUGACAAAUCCGGGCGCUGGAUCCGGCUUUGCUACGAUUGUAGUUGACAUUGUACGGGAACCUGUUGUAGUUCCUGAGUUCACGGAGGUCUCCUACUCCGGGACGCUUCAAGAAGGUUUUCAAGUGAUGACUUUUACAGAAGAGAUUACUUUGAAGCCAGGGAGCAUAACAAAUGACGUGCAAUAUGUAGUUGUGGGAGAAGAUUCCGCUUUGGUGAAACUAUCAAUCAACGAAGAUCUUAGCUUGAGUUUUUCUCUUCUGGAAGAAAUCACCGUGGAACAGCUAAAACUCAAAAGUCAAAUAAACUUCAUUGUUCAAGCUUACAACCCAGGAAGCGUAGCCACAUCUGCCAGCAUUGUUGUUCGGAUUGUUCGACCUGUACAGGUUGCCUUCAGAAAGUCAUCCUUUAACGGAGUCCUAACCGAAGGUCAAACUUUGGUUGAUUUCCAAUCAGAUCAAAUACAAUUUAUGGAAGGUACACUUCUGGCAGGAGUCAGCUUUGAACUCUCUGAAGGAGAGUCUAAUCUCUUUCUGGUUUUAAUGACUGCAGAAAAUGUCGUGCAGCUAUCUUUGAAUCCUUCAGUUAUCUGGAAUCAGAUUCGAUUCAAUUAUUACCUAUCAUUCAAACUGUCGGCAACAAAUCCAGGAUCGGAUCCAGCAACUACCACGAUCAUAGUCAAUAUCGUCAAUAACCCAGUGCCCACGCCAGUCUUCACCAAGACCUUUUACCGAGGUUCUCUUCAAAAAGGCAUCCGCGAAGUGAGUUUUUCCGCUCCAGAGGUGAUCACGCUACAAGCAGACACGGUCACGACCACUUUAGCCUACCAGGUCACCGAAAACGACGCCGACUUGUUCGACGUGGUCCGCGAGGAUAACAAAUUCAAGGUAUCACUGAACGAAGCCCUGGACGAGCAGAUCAUCGAAGGCCGCGAUCUUCUGAGUUUCAGAAUCGAGGCCAACAACCAAUUCGGUGCAACGGACAGCGCCACAAUCAUUGUGAGCAUUCAACUGGAAGAGAUCAUAGCACCGGUAUUCGUGGACGUAAUCUACCGUGGAUCGAUCAAGGAGCAAUCUUCGGAUUUGUCUUUUUCAACUGAGAUGAGGUUCCUAUCGGGGACCGCAAAUGGUAACACUGAAGUUGGAUUAACUGCCGGCGAUGCGGAUUGGUUUUCGGCAACUCAUGACAACUCCAAGGUGAUCAUUACAGUUAAGGACUCAAACUCAAUCAAAUGGGAUGAGAUAACCGACCGCAGCUUUUUAAGUUUUGCCUUGCAAGCUGUCAAUCCGGGAAGUUCGUCAGCAUCGGCUUUUGUGAUCUUGGAUAUCCAAAGGACAGCUGUGAUCACGCCAAAGUUCAAAUCGCUAUCGUUCCAGGGGAGCUUGAAGGAAGGAUCACGUGAAGUGGACUUUUCCGAGGGAGCAGCGAUCGAGUUGCAGGAAGGCAGUUUGAUUCCAGGGCAUCAGCUGUCAUUGUCCGGCAGUGACUUCGAAUUGUUUGAGCAUGAGUUGGAGGGGCUUCAAGUGAAGAUCACUCUUAAGGAUAGCGUUACGAAGGAUGAUCUUGACGAUCGUACGUAUCUUCGAUUCAACGUAGCAGUGACGAAUCCAGGAAGCGAAACCGCAACGGCAAAUGUUUUGGUAGAUUUGGAGCGUGAGACUGCCCCUUUGAAUGGUCCACUGUUUGAAAAGUUCUUCUACAAUGGUUCUAUAGGGCAAGAUCUCAUACUCAGUUUGGAUGAGCCGAUUGCGAUUAAGCAGGAGACAUAUUCAGCUGAUGUCCAGUACGAAAUAGUUGAAACCAACAAUGAUCUUCUCCAAGUGGUCAAGCAAGGUCGAGAAGUCCUUGUGCAACUUGCGAGGCCAAUCACGAUUGAUGAUCUACAAGGUCCGCAAAGUCUCCACAUAACCAUCAAGGCCUUCAAUGAACUGAGUGCAGAGAGUGUCUGCUUCCUUGUCAUUUCGCUUCCAGAGGAGAGUCAAGAACCUUGUGCGUCCCCCGCACCACCUUCAGUCGACUGCACAGACUGUUACGAUUGUACUUCGGGAGGUCCCUUAGAUGAUGUCCCCGUAUUUGCAUACGGCAACUACCGUUUCUUCUUUAAAUCCGACAAUACAGGUCUGAUCGGUACCGUUAAAGCUACUGUGAAAGAUCCUUCGACGAUACUAGAGCACCGAGCAGACUUUACCGAUGCUUACCUCCGCUCCAGAGUAUCCUUUUCGUUGGAGGGCAUUCUUCGAGUAGAGCAACCUCUUCUUCCCGGUCAGUAUACCUUCAAGGUCACAGCUCUCAACUCCCAGUCGCAAAAGCAAUCUUCAGUCAACGUCCUGCUGGACAUAACCCAAGACCAAGAGUGCCCAGCAAACCCGGAGGCACCGAAGAUCACCACCGUCGAGAAACUUCUGCUCAUUGAAUCCCUCCAGGAGGAAUCACCUCAUCAGAACAUAUUCCCUUCCCAACUUGGCUCUUGCGAGUAUGAACUGAUCGACGAAAAGCCUUACCUUGGCUUUAGCUACUUUGAAAUAGAUUCUGAAACCCACUGGCUUACAUCCCGUAGCUUCGAUCGUGAAAACACGACCCUCUUCGAUGGAAUGAUCAUCCCACAGUUCCAGCUCCGACUGCAUCUCGUUUGUCCAACUGAUCCAAAUCUACCACGCUUGAUCAAACGAUCGCUAAUCGAAACCGGUGAUCUAAACUAUGCUCGAGAUGUAACCGUGAUCAACGUCAUCGUGGUGGACAUCAAUGAUAACAAUCCUCAGUUUGUUGAACCACCAACAUCAAACGACGCAUUCCACAUUGGAUUUCCAGUUUCAUCGAUCGCCGCCGGGUUGAUGCUUCCUCAUCUGAUCACCGUUCGAGCGGAAGAUGCCGAUGAAGGUUUGAAUGCGGAAAUUCGGUUCAGCUUGAGCAGCAAUACUCACUUCGGAAUUGAAUCGGAAACGGGAAUGAUCUACCCGUUGAAGGAUGCUAUGAAAACGGAUACUGUGACUACGAUUGUGGUUACAGCUACCGAUCGGGAUGGAGCCAGUGACGGAAGAUCUUCCUUAGUUCAGUUGCGCGUUCAUCGAUUGGAGGAAGAUCAUUUGGUCAUGAUGACUAUUUUAGGGCAGGUGGAUGCAGAAAACUUGAUUCAACAGAUCAAUGCCAAUACGAGGGGAGUUCAGGUGAAGGUGUUGACGCAGGCGAGAGUUCCCGAAUUAACAUCCGAUAGCAAGUCCCUGAGGCAGUCUUCCUCCGAGGGAAGUAUCCUUCGGAUGAUCGUUUACGCCUUCAACGGCCAAAAUGAAGUGCAGAGUUCCGAAACGAUUACAAGCAUAAUUCAGUCGUCAUCCGUUUCAACCAUUGUAACUGCAGAGUCCUACACAAACGUGGCAUGUUUGAACAAUCCGGAAUGCAGUGGAUACCAAUCCAGUGAUGAAGCGAACGUUGGUCUCAUCGUAGCCACAUCCAUUUUGGGAGUUCUCUUCCUGAUUUCCACAGGCCUAGCCAUCUUCCUAUAUGUACGAUUCGUACGACCCCUGAACCGCGAACCGGCUAAUCCAUCGGACGUAGUUCAGUUGGAGAAUGAUUUCGAAAUUUCACCACCCCCGUCUCCACCGAUGUUGGCUGGAGGGAAGCUGAAAGCUACUGAAAGUCCCGAGAUGGAUGAACGGAAAACUUCGAUCCAGAUCCUGGGGAUUACCGAUCAGGAAUCCGAAGAUUCCAGCAUUCCCACGGCCCAGCUGGCGCACUCCCUGGAUGAUCGUCUAGAACGAGUUGACGAAUACGGGACCAUCUCUUCGCGGGAUACCAUCGAGGAUUCUUCCUCGCUCUCAAUGAAUGAACCCCGAAACGUGAAAUUCAACGAAAUGGUCGAAAGAAUAGAAGUCGUCGAACAUCAUCCGGAAGACCACCGAAAACACCGGGUGGACUUUGGUGAUGACGAUUCAGUCUACAGUGAGCGGAUGUAGGUAGGCUUGUUAGUCUGUAGGCGUAGAUUUAUUGCAUUACGAAACCUGGUAUUUAUAAUAAAAGCUAUUUUUACG